GCACACGGCUUUGGGGGAGGCCCAGGUGAUCAGGUCUAAGAAACGCCCACAACAAAUAGACGCCUGACAGCUUUUCGCCAUGCGCAUGAACGCAGAGUGCCCGCAACAGCGACUCGAUUGGCUUCUGAGAUGAGGACGUGUCAGUCAGGGUAUCGGGAACCUUGCUAUUUCUGAUGUCGAAUGUGUCACGGACUGUUUCAAGGACAUAGCCCCCUCUGUGCUCGUUGGUCGUCGUGCAGACUUCGCCUCUCUCCCGGCGGAAAUUGUCCACGGGGUUGCGUCAUGCAUGCACGACCUCCAUCAGUGUAACAAAGUGCCAAAAGCACGCUGGAACUCGGCAAUUCGUGUUAUCCCUUCUUCGUCCUCUCUACAUUACAACCCAUCCGAAGCAUCUAGUUGUUUCGGUCCCUUCGUGAUACUCAUCCAAGGUUGCCUUCGUGUAUAUACAUACCCCGGAAUUUCGGCAACCACCAUAAUGGGCAUGAGACUACAGAAGACGGCAUCGUCCUUCUUCCAAUCUCGAAGCUUCUCUGGGCACUCUGCUCGCAGUGCUCAGAGCUCACCCACAGCUUCUCCUACUGUCGAGAAGACUGGGUUCCUGCCUACGCCAGAGCCGGAGGCCGAGUAUAGACGUCCUCUGUCGCCUAACACUCGAUCCAGACCGUCAUCCCGUCUUCGGAACGGAAGUCCCCCUUCAUCUACGUCUGCCAGAGUCUCCAGCACGUCUACCACAAGCACGUUAGACCCAUCUACCACCGAGAGGGAUGAUAAAAAGAGCCAGCGAAAGUCGUGGUUUGGGCGAAGUCAAAGUACCGAACGAGUAGACCAGAAACCUACAGCAUGGAUCCUUGGCCACCCAGAAUUGCACUCUUACGACAUAGCUGGUCUUACUCGCUCGGAGCAUUUACCGGAACUAUGGGACGAUUCUGCAGAUUGUCAAGUCUAUCUGUUUCCAAGAACCUCUGGCAAAGGCCCCUCGUUCCGCAUACAGUCGGCGCUGUUAGAUUCGUCUAAGCUGCUGUCCGAGAUGGUUCUGCCACUCGAAACAGUAGUAGCCAACCUGAGGCUAGAUGAUCCUAGCACACCUCCGACAACGCCUAAGAGUGGAUCUACAAAUUAUCUGCUUUUCAUGCCAAUUGCGCUGAAGUCUGAUUCGGUAUUAUUACCAACAUCUAACUCUCAAGGCCUUUCAGAAGAUGAGGAGACACUUGUUGCGAUCCGUAACCUUUUCGCCUUCCUUACUGGUCAGUCCCUGGUCGCUACUCGAAGCAAUCCGACCGUUUUCUCCGUCUUCAUGAGACUUGCAGAAACUAUUAGAGAAUUUGGGUUCUCGAAUUUUGACGGCUCUACGUUCGGCGACAUUGUAACGUCCAGUUUUGACAGCUACGUGGACGAGCUUGGCCUGGCAGACCUUGGGUCAAGUCGCGAGAAGACCAUUGAAGGGAUUGUCCUGGGAGAGCGCAUGAAGAGUAUCAAGCUAUACAACGAAGCUUUUACACACGCUGUUGGAAAGUAUGACGAGCUAUUGAGGUUGCAAGAUCCAAAGCUCAGACUUAUCAGCCCCAUCUCGUCAAACAGACUCGGCCGCGCCGCAAUGGAUCUGGAUAAGCGAACGGCGAGUGUUCGUCAGACUUUGGAGAACUUCGAUUUCCCUGCGCUAUUCAGCGGGACUUUGAACAGCAAGACUGCCGAUGAGCGCAAGGAAGUCGAUUUCAAUGGCUUGCGAGAUUCGUUCUUUGCCACCCGGAAGUUUGUUAUGUCGUUUUACAAAACUCGCUAUGGUUCAUGGCCGCCGAAGGCGUCGAAGAGAAACGAGCUCGAAACCAAUGGCCUCAAUCGUAUCGUUUGUCAAGAUUUGUACCGCGAUCUAUGCGCAAUGUACGAUCUGCUGGCAGACCGUUCGAGCCUAACGAAUCGUACCGCAGACGGCAUCUUGAUCGACGACAGAGACACAGCUGCACCACACGUUCGUGCGCUCCGGGCAGUGCUUAGCGAGUACGAUCGUUCAUCACCACCAGUGAAACCACCGAUCCCAUUUGAUCUUCCGAUAUUUCCAUCCCUGAGACAGACUCGCUCAGGUACCGGAUGGGGAGACGCGAAGAAAGAGGCAAAGGCGAUGUCGAAAAAGCUCAAGGACGAUGACAUUGCAGAGAUCAUGACAGCUUCACACAACACCGACGUACCUCCUUCUCCGUUUCUGAACUCCUUCAGAGAGGUCGAGCGAAAGACGGCACGACACUGCACCAUUAAGCAGUUGACAGAAAUCCGCAUGGGUCAAUGGCUUUUCAUGUACGCUGUACUGCAAGCUUUGCCAAUGGUUUGUGUCGACGGCCCACAGCUCCACCAUACCAAAGAUGUCGAGUAUUUCCUAUGCGAAUCCCCCAAGUUCGGUGUUCCAUGGGCCCGAGAAGAUGCGCUUAGAAACAUCAGUUCUACUGGGGCAGCCAAGACAGGAGGUAUUGCUCACCUUCCUGCUGAUGUCUUCCAUCAUGGCGUCGAAGGUAUCUACUUUCGGAGCCAUUGCUGGGAGGUAGCGGAGAAAUGGAGUACUAGAAAUCCAGCACUAUCUUCGGCACUUCGUUCGCAACAUCAACUCGAAGUAGUGUUAGAUUCUCCAUCCGUCGUCAGAGCCCAGCUACCAGCCAACAGAAGCGCAAGUCCUGCCAUCAAGGUCCAAAGUCGAAAGACUGUAGGCCUUGGCUUGGAGCUCUCAUCCCCUGGACCGGCUACUGGUGGCAAGCCUCAUACGACAAGACCAGUCAGCGUAUAUGAUCCGAACUUGACGUUUGAUUCGAUCUUGGGUAGCGCGAUGGAUGGUGUCGACAAACAGAAAAGUUAGGCGAUUUUACCGAGAGUUUUGGCCGCCAGCGUGUGUCAGAGGAACGGGCGAAAUUUUACACGAACCUGUGACAGUUCGGCCCAUGAAAUCCGAUUCCAGUCUGUUAGCUCUAGCUAUUUGUAUCACACGCAUAAGCAGACUGAAC